AUGACGUCACUUGAAAAGACAAAUGUUUACUUUGGCGAUGUUGUUGUCGUUCUGGUUAUAUCAAGCCUGUGGAAGUCGUAUCGGACAUCUGUUUAUCGUCUGGUUAUGGUCAACUUUCUGAAUAUUACCGGUUUCCGGGACUUCCCUUUGGGUGACUUGCCUAUGCUACAGGUAUUGAGAUAUGCAUCGGAAAAUAUUUUCGUGCCAUUUACAGUUGGAGGUGGUAUUAGAGAUUUUACCAAUGCAACUGGCAAAUGUGGGCCUGAUAAGAUCUCCAUUGGAAGUGAUGCAGUUUAUGCUGUAGAAGAAUAUUUAAGAAAUGGAGUUAACUGUGGCUGGGAAGGCAGACCAAUUGGAGCUUAUGAGCUUGCAAAAGCAGUUAAGGAGCUCCGAGCUGGAGAAAUUCUGCUAAACUGCAUUGAUUGCUAUGAUUACCAAGUUUUGGGUGAAGAUGAUAACACUAAGCUCAAAAUUCAGAUUAAAUUAGACAAAAGAGAGAGAAUCAUGUCCAUACUUGAUUGGGGUAUAGGUAUGACAAAGGAGGACUUGAUCAAGAACUUGGAAACUAUAGCAAAAUCUGGAACUUCAGGGGUUGAUGUUGAAUGA